AGGCGGAGGGGCCGGCAGGAAGGGGGUGGCUGGAAAUGUUUGAGCCAGAGUUAAGCAGACAUUCUUUUUCCUCUACUGCCGUGGAAAGAAAAUAAAUUGUCUAGGCAUGGUCUCUGAGAAAACAGAAUAUCAAAGGGAAUGACAACUACGCACAUAGUGAUUAUCAAGACAGAAAGUCAUUUGGAAAAGUCUGAUUACUAACCUAGACUCUGUGGACGAGGUUAGCCAAAAGUGAUUCAUAACUGCGCGAGCUCAUCAACAGAAAGUGCCUUUCAGACGACGUACCCGCCUGGAACCUCCUCUGCAGUCCACAUGUGCACGGCCCAGGCCCAGUCCCCUUAAGACCCAGGCCCAGUCCCCUUAAGGCCCAGGCCCAGUCCCCUUAAGGCCCAGGCCCAGUCCCCUUAAGACCCAGGCCCAGUCCCCUUAAGGCCCAGGCCCAGUCCCCUUAAGACCAGGCCCAGUCCCCUUAAGACCAGGCCUGUGCAGUAUCAGGGGCAACUCUGCAGCAACUCCUUGGUCUCCUGUUGACUUUUGCACAACAAGCAAGGGAUCCAAAAGGAGAGAUUUACUGUGGAGACGUGAAGAUCUGCCAGCAAGGACAACACUGACAAAUGACUAGAAGUUGGCAAAGUCAAUACUAACCAGUCUGCAUUGAUAUUCUAUCAAGGAUCUCUAUUGCCCAGACAUCUUAUUUAUGGGUUCUGUCAGUGGAGGAAAAGCCACUUGAAUGUACCACAUAGCAAGGCUGUUUCCCUUGCCAGUGGUCUGCUGUUGGUGUAAACUGAUUGAUGCCUGAUUUCUAGCUGAUCAAUUAUCAUCUACGCCUGGCUGACACUGUGGGGGACCAUCUGAUGACUUCAUGAUUUGAGAACUUCUUAAACUCACAAAUCAAGCAGACUCAAAAGUUUAGAACCUCUGGCAAGGCGUGGUGAAACUCUGAAAUACAGUCAACCAGUUUCGAAAUACCACAAGGGUUUGGACAUGGCUUUAAAUAUGUCUUCGAUUAGAGACACAAAAUGGCUGACAUUGGAAGUGUGUCGUCAGUUUCAGAGAGGAACUUGCUCACGGAGUGAUGAGGAAUGCAAAUUUGCACACCCACCAAAGAGCUGCCAGGUCGAAAAUGGAAGAGUUAUAGCCUGCUUCGACUCGCUAAAGGGUCGAUGUUCUAGAGAAAAUUGUAAGUACCUUCAUCCACCUUCGCAUUUAAAAACCCAGCUAGAGAUUAACGGACGGAACAACCUCAUCCAGCAGAAAACAGCUGCCGCCAUGCUGGCGCAGCAGAUGCAGUUCAUGAUCCCAGGAACCAGCAUGCAACCAGUAGUAAGUUACUCAUACUCAGUCCCUUCUUUUUCUAUGAGCCAAGGACUUGGUCAGAGCCCUGGACUUAGCUAUGCUCCUUACAUGACCCCCAUGAGCCACGGGAUGGGGCUUGUCUCUGCGGACAUGCUUCCCAGCACCCCAGUCAUCAUCCCUGGCAGCCCCCCCAUCAAUGUCCAGAACUCCUCGUCCUCCUCUUCCUCGUCCUCACAGAAGAUGCUGCGCACAGACAAGCUGGAGGUGUGCCGAGAGUUCCAGCGAGGCAACUGCGCUCGGGGCGAGACGGACUGCCGCUUCGCCCACCCCAGCGACAGCCCCAUGAUCGACACCAGCGACAACACGGUGACCGUGUGCAUGGACUACAUCAAGAGCCGCUGCUCCAGGGAGAAGUGCAAGUACUUCCACCCCCCUGCACACUUACAGGCCAAAAUCAAAGCUACCCAGCACCAGGUCAACCACACUGCCGUGGCAGCACAGGCAGCAGCAGCCAUGACUCAGUCGACUGCCAAAGCAAUGAAGCGACCCCUCGAGGCAACUGUAGACCUGGCCUUUCCCCACGGCCUCCUGCAGCCGCUACCAAAGAGACAAGCACUGGAGAAGAGCAACGGCGCCAGCUCUCUCUUCAACCCCAGUGUUUUGCACUACCAGCAGGCUCUGGCCAACGCACAGCUCCAUCAGCCUGCAUUCUUUCCCACAGAUCAUCCUCAAGUAACCAACAUGAAAAGAACAAAUUGUCGAGAUGCUGCCCUCAAAGGCUCUAAACAUCCUUUCUGUAAAUACUACAUCUGCUCCACAUGAGAACUACAGCAACCUGCAUGCUGAAAAGAAGAUUACUGAGGAAAUGUUGUAAACAUAACCUUGAGCUAUGUGAAAUAUACAAAUUAUAUAUCAGAAUUAUAUACCUAGGACUAAUACUGCUUUACAGAUAUUUAAAUGUCACAAGAUUACUUUAUGUACCGUAUAUACAUACACACGAUUGGGGAUUGUGAAGAUUUAAUUGUUAUUGAACAAUUAUAUUGUUUCUUUUUUCAUUUUUAAUGUUUCUUAAAAGUGCACAACAUUAACAUGAACUCACAGAGCAACAGAAAACUCGCAUAAAAAAAAUGGUAUAUCUAGUGCUAGAUUUGACAUUUUAACACAGACCAUUGGAAAGAGUUCUAAUGUGUUUACCCCACACUACCUGCACUUGGCUUAUGACUCAGACUGGAGGAAGAGGCCUUCUUGCUCUUUGAGAAUAUGAAUGUCACAGAGGAUAUGUUUCCCCCUAUUGUUACUCUACUUUUGAACAGAAUCACUGCUCCCCUCUCCCCAUGCGUGCCUUUGCCUCUCCAGGAAGGCUGGUGAAGGGACACCUCAUUCAGUGAGCCACCUGGUCUGGUUCUCCCCUACUGCAGCCUCUAAUAGUGUUAUUAACAGGCGGACGUACGGUGGACUCCAGAAUUCACCUCGUCUUUUUUGGAUCCCGUCCCACACUGCCGUGUUGGUGUAGGAUAGACAGGCUUCCUGCUGUACAGCUGCAGGACAGGGUGUUGUGGAUGCCGUCUGGUCACCAGGGUCUGGAGAGGAGCUGAGAGGCUGACUAGGUGUCUGAUGACCCGGCAGGCAAGGGGGGGUUGGGGGGGAUAACACCACAAGGACCACUGCCCAGGAGGGUUAGGGUGGAAAUACUUUAGACUAAAGGCAGAUAGAUGAUUCUGGGUAAAAGGGGUGAUUCGCAAGGUAAUCUUGAGGUGGUGGGGAAAGUAGUUUGUCAACCCUGUUUUAUUUGAACUGUAGAAGUGCCUAAAGUACAUAGCAAGCAUCAGGAAAAGGCUUUGUUGAGUUUGAGAGUGAUGUAACUUCAUUCAUGACUCAUUAGAAUCUAAGAAUGAAGAACUUUGUUAGUCUGCUGCCAUCAGCUCAGCAACCCUGGGCCUACUAGAUCUGUAAGGAAGCGAAUAAGUGUUUGUGUGAUGCUGAUUCAGUGCAUUAGUACUUUUUGUACACUUGGUUAGUUUUAGUGCUUUAGUAACUUGUCAUGGACUUCCAUGGAAGUUUGCAUUUAUUGUGUCACAGAUUUUCAUUAUGCCUCUGCAAAAUUACUUUGUUUCUUUUGUAAGAUGGACAAGUUGAGUUACUUAUAAAUACUUUUCAGUUAGGGAAAAGGAAGUAAUUUGGUAGAAAGGUUUGUGUCUGAGUGUUAGUUAUUCAUUUGUCUCAUUUUGUCUUUCUCAAAAACCAACAUUUAUUGCAUUUAACUUACAGUCUAACAUCUUUCAGGUAGAAUUUAUCACAAAAUAAUGUAAUGUGUUUGUAAUAAGAUGUGGUCUAAUAAUUAUCAAACUGUGCAAUGAAACUAAACUUGUUCAUACUGAGACAUGGUCUGUGCUGUGUUGAAAAUAUGCAUAUUCACACAGGUCCAAAUUCACUCUGAAUUUAACUUGUCAAAAAUUAAGAACUGUCAUUUAAGACUAGGCUGAAACAAAUCUGAAACAUGAAACUGUUCAUCACCCCUUGAUUCUUCCUCGUCUCUGACGAGUUCGUGUACUGUACGUGCAAAUGCUUAGUUCACAGCCCUUUGUAUUUUGCCUCAUUUAAUUUUGAUUGCGUGAAAGCAGUGUGUCUGUAAAAAAAACACACACAACAAAAACGUUGUACACAAUGAUGUUGUUUUGUUUGAUGAACGUCACCACUCCCUGACAAUCCACCCCCAUCCCACCUGGCCUCACCGCCUACAGUACAUCCUUUAACAUCACCUUUAUUUUAGAAGUCUAAUUUUAAGCAACUCUUGAUGGAAAUAUAUGGAAUAUACAGUAGUUUUAUUUGUUUAACAUUAGUAUUAGAACAAUAUUGUAACCUAUAUUCUAUUUUAAAAAAUGAAUGUAAUUUAUUAAACUGAGCUUUGCUCUGCUGGAGGUUCCUCAAAGGGGUAGUCCUGUCACUCUAGCCUACUAAAAGCCGUCUGUGUACAAGGGAAGAUGUGUUAAAGCUACCAGUGCUGGGUUUCCUCACCUCCAACUUGUCUCUGCCUUGUCAUCUGCAGGGAGCUUGAAGAGAAGGAGGCGUCAGAAACGUCUCCGCUCUGCCUUCCAGAGCAGCAGAAGCGUUGGCUAGAAUGUAAAUGUAUGACGUCUGUGACGCUUCCUUCUCUUGGUGUUUCUCUGUCAUCUUACAAACUGCAGUACGGGCGAGGCGAUAGAAUUGGUUUUAUUAUGUUAAAGAAAAGCACACAAAAAAAAAACACAAAAAAAAAGGUUUAUUGUCACAUUUUACCAAAAAAAAAAGAAAGAAAAAAAGUAUUGAACUUACUUUUCAUUGUAGUAUGGUAUGAUUUCAUAAUUUGUUGCUGUGUCAAACUGAAUUUGCAAUGAUGGAAGCUCUGUAUUUUUGUAAAGGAUGUCUUGUUAUGUUUGUUUUCUAGAGCACUCUAACACAAGAUUGUAUUGCCAUAAAGAACAUUUCCUAUUCUAUGGCAAAUUGCAUACAACAUGUACUUUCUGUUUCGUAUUGCCUUUGUAUCACACUAUAUUAAUUUUACAGUUAAGAUAUAAGGGCCCUUAUGACAUCUAAUAUUUCUAUCUUCUCCCACCAAAAAGCUCAGUUUCUGUAUCUGCUGACCGGACGUUUGAUGUCAUGAGGUUGUGUUUGAUGGUUGUUAGCUGUUUAGAAUUGCACUUUGUUCCAAGAAUAUAAUUAUUUUCCCAUUGCGGAUAAUACAACUUCGUCUUGGGUAUGGCAAACUGGAUUUCCUUAAAUUAUGUCAACUGUUACCCUGUUAACAGAAGACACGUUUUUCAAAAAAAAAUACUAUUAUAAAAUAAUUGUUCAUUUCAAGUUGUCAGAGUUCAUUUCAAGUUAAAAUAUAAUUACAUUACACUGUAGUUAAAUACAUCUGCAGAUGCAAUUAAUUUGAGAUUUUAGGUCACCCAAUCAAGAGUUAAGGACAGUCAGAAUGUUUCAGUUUACUGACCCAGUGGUAACGUAAUUCCUGAGCACUUUCUGGACAGUGGAUAUACUGGGCAGACAAGCUUAUGUGUGAACUUUGCCUUACCUUUGAUGUUUCGUGCUUCAGUUUGUAUGUGUUAGCUUGGGCUCAUGAAAUACAAGGAUUGUGAUUAGUAUGAUCGAAUUAGAUAUCAGUGAAAUACGCUGUUUAAUUCUUUUAAGAGUUAAGAGUUUUUAUUUGUGGCCAAAACAAAAUUGUAUGAGGCGCAGUCUAACAAUUUCCUGAGAAAAGCUUGAUGAAGAGAGAUGGCACGCGUGCCAUUGUGAAUGGCUGUGCUAAUGUUACGGCAGGAUUCUGGUGAGGCUACUGUGUCCGUAGCACAGGGCUCCAUCAGUGAUGCUGUACUGUAGACCUGUGCUCUAUGGAAGAGGGAGAGUACCCUUUCUCAGUUUUAAUUAUGUUAUGUGACAAUUUUCAAUGUUUUAUUUGUGCAUACUUACGUGCUCUUUUAUGUUAUAUAGAGUAGUUUUGUUUUUUGGUAAAUCCAAAUUUGUGUAAAGUCUAAUGUUAAAACAAAAAAACUAAUAAAGGUUUAAGUAUAUGCCAA